UGUUUUGGUUUCCCUUUAAACUAUAUUCUAUUUACAUAACUCAAAGGAAUGAGUGAUUUUCGAGAAAGGGUCCAUGAAGUUAUGCACGGUUUUGAAAUUUCCACUGAAACGCUUAAAAGAGUAUCAGACAUCUUGCUCGAUGAAUUCAAUAAAGGAUUAUCUAAAGAUAAAAGUUCGAGUGUAAAAAUGUUGCCGAGUUUCGUGAGAGAUAUACCAAACGGACAGGAAGAAGGAAAAUUUCUUGCAUUAGAUUUAGGAGGGAGUACGUUUCGAAUUUUAUUUAUCGAAUUAGAGGGAAGAAACUUCAAAACGACUCACGAAGUUUUUGAGUUAACAGAAUCGACAAUGACAGGACCAGGUAAAGCUCUGUUUGACAGCAUCGCUAAUUGCUUAGCUGAAUUCGUAACAAAAUACAAGUUGGACAGAGAAGUUUUACCUUUAGGAUUUACAUUUAGCUUUCCAUGUGUGCAAAAAGGCCUAACAGAGGCAUUUCUAAUUCGCUGGACAAAGGGAUUUCGGUGUCCCGGUGUUGAAGGGAAAAACGUGGUGCAAUUGCUUCGCGAUGCGAUUAGUAGGCGAGGGGACGUUAAUAUCGACAUUAUAGCAGUUGUGAACGAUACAACUGGUACUCUUAUGUCAUGUGCCCAUAGAAAUGAAAAUUGUAGAGUCGGUGUCAUUAUCGGCACCGGUACAAACGCUUGCUACAUGGAAAAUUUGGAAAACGUUGAAAAAUGGAAAGAAGACACAGAAGAACCACGGCAAGUCAUCAUCAAUUGCGAAUGGGGAGCAUUUGGCGACAAUGGCUGCAUUGAUUUUUUGCGUACUCCAUUUGAUCAAGAGGUAGAUGAGGCAUCCAUAAACCCUGGAGAACAGUUGUUUGAAAAAAUGAUAUCUGGAAUGUACAUGGGUGAACUUGUGCGGAGAAUUAUUAUCAAACUAGCCAAUGAAGGUGAAUUUAACAAUGGCAUCGUCACUGAAAAAUUGUCCGAAGAAUAUGCCUUCAAAACAAAGUACCUUUCUUUUAUUGAACAUGACGUUAGAGGUGAACAGGCAACAGAAGAAAUUCUCAUGAAAAUGGGUAUAAAGGAACCUUCUGAGAAAGAUUGCUCAAUUGCACAACUUGUCUGUUGUUUGGUAUCUACUAGAGCUGCUCAUUUGGUAUCUGCUGGUGUAGCAACUAUAUUAAAUAAGAGAAAACAGAAUUUUACAACCAUUGGCGUGGAUGGAUCUGUUUAUCGGUAUCAUCCUUUGUUUAAAUCGAAGAUGGAAGACAAGAUUAAGGAACUCGUUGAUCCUAAAUAUGAAUUUGAGUUGAUGUUAUCGGAAGAUGGAAGCGGGAGAGGUGCAGCUUUGGUAGCCGCUGUAGCCAAAAGACUCAACGAAUUAAAUGAAUAAUUUC